UAGUUUUCAAAAGUGAGGGAGACACACAGCAGGAGGUAUUGUAUUCUUUGGUCAUUUUUAUAAUAAAAGGGAGAAGAUUGCAGUAGCCUAUUGUAGAGUUCAGUUCUCCGAGCCCUUCAGGACAUGUUUUAUGCUACUUUUGUCCUAUCAAAGAAAGGCCCUUUAGCCAAAGUAUGGCUGGCUGCCCAUUGGGAGAAGAAGGUCACAAAGGCUCAGGUGUUUGAGACUGAUGUUCAGAAAACUGUGGAUGACAUCAUCUCCCCUCGAGUCAAGUUGGCUCUACGUACCUCAGGGCACCUCCUGUUGGGUAUAGUCAGGAUCUACUCGCGGAAACAAAAGUAUCUGAUCCAGGACCUAGGGGAGGCAUGUGCUAAAAUAAAGAUGGCAUUUCGGCCAGGUGCCGUUGACCUGCCCAGUGAAGGAGGUGUGACCACUAGUGAUACCAUCACUCUCCCUGAGAUACUCCAGAGUUUGGAAUCAGCUGUAGCUGAUUUGGGUGCCACCGACUUUCAAGAAGACAAGUUUCAGAGCCGUGCUGAAGACAUCACUCUAAAAGAUGACGUGACCAAUUUGAAUAACAUGCUCUCCCUCAAUGACUUUGAAGGAAUGGGAGCUGUUGACAAUGAUGAGUUUGGAGGAGUGUUGCAAGAAUUUGAGAUGCAACGGGAUGAAGCUGAGACCAACAUCACUGACACGUCACAUCAGCAGCAAGCAGAGGUGUCUGGUGGGAUAGAACCAGCAGAACCAAAACGACAAAGAAAUGAUAUCACUGAAUUUGGACAUGGAGGACUUGUAAAUAUAGAUGAAGCAGAGUUUGACGGUAUAGCCGAAGCUUCUGUAGAGGGUGUGGCUCAGGAACAACAACAACAAGAGCCAAUGGAGACUGAAUCAAUCCUUCCAGCACAAGAGGUGACGACAGGAGAAGAGAAAGACUUUGUCCUUCCACCAGUUGAUGCUACCCUCCAGGGAAUGAAUAAACAAAGACAAAAGAGGAAGAGAAAGUUACUCAUUGAUAAAGAGAAGGAGCUACGAGGUGACAUCAUCAGGGCUCAACUGAUGGAUUAUUCUGACACUCUCCGUACAGUCUCCUACCCUCCUCCUACUAAGAAGAUGAUGCUAUCAAGACUAGGACAGGGACAUGACUUCUUGUUUCAGAAUCCAACCUGGCUCUCUUCCUCUCCUCUCUCUUCCCUUGUAACUAGAAACCUGCACCUUCUUCCAGCAGACACAGAAGUGCCCUUGAUGGAUGAAACUGUUGAGAUGCAGCGAGAGAAAAACCCAUCAAUAAUAGGAGGAGGGGGAGAGGGUGCCCCUGUUGAUAUGGACGCUGGUCCACUUCCUAUUGAGGAGCCGAUCCAUGGCAAUGAUGAUAACCCAUUUUUGCCUCCAAUGCAAGACCAAGAUGAAGAUGAGUCUAUUUCUAGGGUAGUUCCCAAUAUUCCUGACUUUGAGGAGGCUGAGACUGAGGCAACACCCACCACUGAAACGCCAGAAGCAGUCGUUGAAGAGAAGAAGUGGAACAAGCGGACACAGCAGGUACUACGACAGCUAGAGAAAGGAUUCCAACAGACUGACUCACUCCAUUUCAGUGACAUAGCACGUAAGUGUAACAGGAAGCAAGCUGCAUCAAGAUUCUAUAGUUGUCUGCUCCUGGCUAAGGAAGGAGCAAUAAAACUGGAGCAAUCUAAACCUUAUGCAGCCAUUGUUAUUACUGACAGCAGCAUCACACCCAACUAACAUGUUAUCUUUCCCCCUCUCCUUCCCUCAUUUUAAAAAACAUGCCAACUCUUCAUAUAAUGAAACUCUCAGACUUAUUAUCAUACGUAAUAUUUGUUAUUAUUAUUAUCAUUAUUGUUGUUGUUGUUAUCAUUAUUAAAGAACUCAUUUAUCCAGUAUUGAUUAGACUAGAGUGUGUUCAGGUUGUUUUUUUUGAUAUUAACAUUUAAACAAAA